UUAAGCACCCCAACUCAACCCCAUAAAUCGGAUCGCAAUUUGCUCGCCGGAAUCAAAUUGGACGCAGAGACUGAGGAAGCGAGAAACAAUGGCUGGGGCGGACGGGUUCGUGGAAGCCGAAAAUGCAGAGGCAAUCAUCACCAGAAUCGAGCACAAGUCCCGCAAGAUCGAGAGCCUACUCAAACAGUACAAGCCGGUGGAAGCACUCAAAACGGCGCUGGAAGGAUCGCCUCCGAAGACCGGCGACGAGCGAUGCAAGUCUGCAAAUUGGAUAGUGAUACACAGAGCGAUUAUGGCGAUCAAAGACGUGGACGGGAUGCUCAACUCUUUGGACCCUGAGUACUACGAUAUCCUCAUGAAGUACUUGUACAGAGGGUUGUCUACAGGAGAUCGGCCCACAUGUGAUCAGUGCCUCCGGAUACACGAGAAAUUAACUGAGAAAGCUGGGUUGGGUUGCAUACUACGUUCCCUUGCUGACACUGCUAAUACUGUUUGAAUGACCUGACGCUGUCACUGAAGAAAGAAAUGGUAGCUUUGAAAUGUUUGUUUUUAACUAUUUGCUACUUGCUUUCUGGUCAUAUGGUCAAUCUGGGUUUCACUUGCCUGUAUUAAUCUUUAAAGAAUAAUUUCUCCCCUUGUAAGUCGGAAUUUAAAUUUUCUUGCGUUGAUAAAUCAGAUUAGUUGUGCUUGUACGUGGGCACCGGGCCGUGCCGCCUACGGGCUAGGACGGCACGACACUGUUAGAGCACGGCACGAGCACGGACACGAAAUAAAUGGGUCAGCCCGGCACGAGCACGAAUAAUUUAUGGGUCGUGUCGGGCAUAAACUUCACGGGCACGAGCACGUGCACGGCACGGUAUAUAAGUGGGCCGUGUCGGACCUAAUAUUUUUGAGACUUUAUUGAGUAAAAGAACAGACAUGGUACCAAAAUAAUAUUUAUUUGAUAGAAAAUAAAUGGCUAAAUUACAC